GGAGAGGGCCAGCUAGGAAAGGCUAGGAAGAGUGGCUGGUAGCCUGGAAUCCCUUUAAGAGAGCUAGCAGACGAGGCAUCGUAGGAAAGCUAAUGAACUAGAAAGAGUAGGGGAGACUGAGACUGACCGGUAGCCAGCUAGACAGACGGACGCAUGCCCGGACAGACUGAAGGCUCUGGAGAACUGAUAGGUUCUUUUUGCCUUUCUUUUUGAAAAGCAGGAUUUUGAUUUUUCAUUGGCGCCCAAGAGAGAAUGCUGGACUCUGCUACUUCCAGCUCAAGCUAAGAUUUCUCAGCUAGGGAAUAGAGAUCAGCCCAGUCCCGCGAGGGGGAGGGAAGCAAAAGCCCCUGCCUCCAACCCCCUUCCCUCCCCCGGACAAAACUCGGGGGCCAAACCCAGACCUUCCCUAACCAUCUGACUUCCUCCUUUCCUUUUUAGCAUGGUGACUGUAUGGACAGUCUGACAGAACAGAGAUUGACAUCUCCCAAUCUGCCGGCCCCCCACCUGGAACACUACAGUGUUCUGCAUUGCACCAUGACCCUGGAUGUGCAAACUGUAGUCGUUUUUGCCGUGAUUGUAGUCCUCCUGCUUGUCAAUGUCAUACUCAUGUUUUUCUUGGGAACGCGCUGAAUGGAGUCCAGCCACCUGAGCUGUUGCGAACUCUCACUUUGAUUUCAUCCCAAGAGCCUCCGAGGGGGAAAAAUCACGAGAGACAGUCUGAGACAGGGAAAGAGAGGGAGAGAAAGAACAAGCUUUCUUACUCAGGGGGGAAAACGUUUUUGAGCUUCAACAUGGCCUCGCUGUGAUAUGUAUG